AUGGUGAUGAUGUCUAUGAUCUCCGCCGAUGAAUUGUUCUCUAAUGGUCAGAUCAAGCCAUUAAAGCCUCAAAUCUUAUCGCCGCUUCUAGAUCUAGAAAGAGAGGAAGAAGACGACGGAGAUUUCCAUGACGGUGAGAUUGUUGUUAACCGUCGUGGUAGAGAUCUGAAACUGAGAAGCAUAUCUAUUCAUCGAAAAGCUAGAUCUCUCUCUCCUCUUCGAAACGCAACGUUUCAAUGCGAAGAUGAAAAUGACGACGUAUCGCUUCAUCUUCACGGCGAGGUUUAA